UUUUGAAGGAAAACACCGUACUACCGGUUUUACUCUGCUUUGUUUGAUUUAUUAUAACUCAGAUUUUAGAUUACCUAGCUGUCAGAUUACUGAUUUGACUGCGCACAUUUCAAGAUAAGAUGUGUAGUUUUGUUCACUUUGCUGUUGUUUUGGUUUGCACUGCGUAGCCUGCUGUUUACUUAGCCGACUAGCUAGCUGGUUAGCUUACAGCCAUGUCAACGUGGAGCAGGCUGCAUGUGAAGCUGCGGACGACUCAUGGAUUACUUAAGGUUACCUCCAGACGGGUGACCCAGCGGAACACAUGGCUGUGUGGACAUUUAACCUCAUGUCAAAGCCUGAGUACAGGCAGACCUCUCCGAAAUGACUUCUUCAAAGACCUGGAGGCCCAGCUGGCAGCAAUGAGGAAGAAGGCGGCGGACGCUCUGCCAGGGAGCAGCUGGAGUCCCUUGGAGCUCAACCCCAACCUCCCUCCGGAGAGGGCCGACAUUGUGAUCGUAGGAGGCGGUGUGGUGGGCUGGUCCAUCGCCUACUGGCUGAAGCAGAAGGAGAGGGUGCGAGGAGGGGUGAAAGUUAUUGUAGUGGAGAAGGACCCAACGUACUCCCAGGCCUCCACCGUGCUGUCUGCUGGGGGGAUCCGACAGCAGUUCUCCCUGCCUGAGAACAUCCACCUCUCCCUGGCCUCCGCAGACUUCAUGAGGAACAUCAAUGAACAUCUCGGCGUGCUGAACGAAGACCCGGUGGACCUGCAGUUCAACCAAUCAGGAUACCUCUUCCUGGCCAGUGAGGAGGUGGCCCACAUCAUGGAGGAGAACUACAGCACCCAGAGGUAUGCUGGAGCCAAAGUUUCACUUCUCUCUCCGACACAACUAAAGGAGAAAUUUCCCUGGAUCAACACAGAUGGUGUGGUGCUCGCUUCAUAUGGGUUGGAGAACGAGGGCUGGUUUGACCCCUGGACUCUGCUGAACGCCUUCAGAAGGAAAGCCAUCUCCAUGGGAGCCAUUCAGUGCUGCGGAGAAGUUACAGAUUUUAAAUAUACAACAAAGGUGAUAACAACCACUGAUGGUGAACAUCUGGAUCUCAGGAGAAUAAAAUCUGUCAAAGUGCAGAUGCCGAACAGCCUGGAGUACCAGCCGGUGGAAUGUGCCAUUGUGGUGAAUGCAGCAGGAGCCUUUUCUGGUAAACUGGCAGAGAUGCUGGGAAUUGGCUUCGGUCCCAAAGACACCAUCGCUGGAAUUCCACUGCCUGUUGAGCCUCGGAAAAGGUAUGUGUAUGUGGUCCACUGUCCUGAUGGUCCAGGUCUAGACACUCCCUUCCUGAUUGAUUACUCUGGAGUUUACUUCAGAAGAGAGGGGUUAGGAGGGAACUACAUCGCUGGGACGUCGCCAGAGGAGGCAGAGGAGCCAGAUACCAGUAACCUGGAGGUGGACCACCAGUUUUUUGAGGACAAGGUUUGGCCCAGCUUGGCCUGUCGUGUUCCUGCCUUCGAGAAACUGAAGGUGACCAGCGCGUGGGCCGGUUUCUACGACUACAACACCUUCGACCAGAAUGGCAUCAUCGGUAUGCACCCUCUGAUCAACAACAUGUACUUUGCCACCGGUUUCAGCGGCCACGGCCUGCAGCACUCCCCCGCGGUGGGUCGCGCUGUGGCCGAGCUGAUCCUGGACGGCAACUUUAAAACGCUGGACUUGAGCGGCCUCGGCUUCAGACGCAUUCUGGCCCAGGAACCCAUGCUGGAGAGGAACAUCGUAUAGAGGAGCUGGAACCUGGACUCGUACCAUUCACACUGCUGCCAAUGUCAAAUUAUUACAACUUUGGUCUUAUUUUAUAGUUGUGAACAUUAUUCCUCUCAGUAAUAAUAACGUUGCACUCGCCAAAUUAAUUGAACGUGAGGCAGACAGACGAUCGAGACUUUCCUCCCAAGAAAAACGACAGGAUCAAUCCUUUUGGUAGUAAGAAGUACAAUAUUUCCCCCUGAAAUGAAGUGGAGCAGAAGUAUAAAGUAGCAGGAAAAUGGAAAUAGUACAAGUACCUCAAAAUUGUACUUAAGUAGAGUACUUGAGUAAAUGUACUAGUCACAUUCCACCACCGCCGACGGUCAACGUUGUUUCUUUUAACCGACCACGACCGUUCCCUCACCUUAACCACCUGUUUGUUACUGUAACCAUGACGACGAAGGUCCCCUAACCUAAACGAAGUAGCCAUUUUAACCCAAACCAUGUUUCAUCUUUCCCUGAACCUAACCGAACCUUAACCACAGCGGUGUCAGAAAUUGGAUUUAUUUUUCCUGUUGAUGGAGAAAAUGCUUCUUUGUGUCGUUUUGGAGGGCAGUUACAAUCAAGACUUGUGGGUCGAUCAGACGUGUUUUAAAAAAAACAAAACAAAGGCAAACACUAAAUUUGUUACCCAAACUGUCUGUUGUAAAUAUCCAUCAUCAUUUUACAGACUUCAACUGUGACUUACUGUCCUUUCCGUAGUGAAGCUGCACAGUUUUCCUGUGUAAAUCCUGAGUAUUACUCGCAUUUUGGGCGAGCGCACUUCCAGUUUUACCUCUAAAUAAGAAAUGGUGGCUGAUUUCUUGCCCUGUCUGACUUAUUUUUAGUGAUGCCACCAUGUUCCCAGAUCUCAGACAUCACUUUAGUGAGUACAAUGUUAAUCACAACAGAUAGAAAUGAUGGUCAAAGUUACAAAAAUAAGACCCAAGUGUAAUUCUCCUUUGAUUUUACUUUUGUAAUAAAGGUACAUAGCUUGUAGAACAUCUCUCAGGACGCAGGAUUUUAGCGACGUUGGUUUUUCAAGGGUGAUAUGAUGCAGGUAACAUUUAUGUCAUCAGUCAGCAGGUCUCAUCAAUAUGUAACCGUGUUGACUUGAAGAUCUCGAGACUUUUAUGUCGUACUCGGUGGGCAGCAUUAGCUUUAACAGCUCGCGUGAACGAUGUGUUCUUGGAAGGAGGAAGCUUUGAGAAAAUCCUUGAAGGGAGGAACUGCGUCUUCAUUCGGAGAACUGUUUUCUGAAGGGAAAUAAGUUAACACAUGUAUGUGUGUACGGAUGGAGGGAGGGGAGCCAAUAUGUUACUGAGACAGUAUAAACUGUAAUAAUGCUAAAAUCCUGACUUCUGCUUUUCAGAUUUCCAUUGAACGUUGCCGUUGUGCAACACAGCUGAAGUUUAUAAAUUCAAAUUGAAACAUCAGCAACAACUUUGUCUCCAGAUGAGUUUAUGUAUGUAAUGUACAUAAUGUAUACUGUGUGUGUGUGUGGGUGUGUGUGUGUGUGUGUGUACAGGGCGUGUUAAACAAAAAAAACGCAAUACACUGUUGUAGAAUCACAUUGGAUCCCUUCUACAUUUCUAUUUGUUCUUUUUAUAUUCUGGUGCUUUUUAAUUAUGUUUUCAUUAUUGUAUCAUGACGCACUCUUUUUCUGAUUCACUCUUGAAUCAAUAUAGAUCAAUAAUUGCUGUUUCAAUGCAAUAAAUUUUUUUUUAUCGAUAAUCAACAUUUUUGUAGAAAAGUGGGCUGGAGUUGUUUUAUUGCAUCGGGUAUUACUGCUCUUACAGAUCAGAUUCAGUUUAUUGUAAUUGCACAGUACUACAGUAAUACAACAAAAAUGUCGCAGAUGCCCCGAAUAAUAAGUAACUGAAUACUUAAUUUUGGAAGUAAAACUGAAUACUACUACAAAUUGAAUUUACGGCACAAUAAUACUUUACAUUUACAUUUUUCUGAAUUUAAGUGGUUUGAAUCCUCCUCUCUGAUAUCUGAUCGAUUCCAUUCAAGCUCGAUCGAUUGUCCUCGGUUUAAGUUUUCAUCUUGAAUUUCAAGAAUCCAAUUUGAACAACCUGAUUUUUUUUUUUAAACUUGUAUUUUUAGAUCCUAAUUGAGUUUGAGCAACGUGAAUAUAGUUUUCUGAAUGCUUGAAUCCUUGUGUGUACAUUGUGAAAACAGAAAAACUUUCAAUUAGAUUUGAAAUUAUGGCCAGUGUACGUUUUAAUCGUGUUUGUUUACCAACAGAACACAGGAACAAUAAUACAACUUUAAUUCUCUUUUUAUCACUUUAUAUUUACACAAUAAAACUGGUUUAUUAGAUUUUUACAUGCAGCUGGGAUGAAACACGGUUUUCCACUGACAGCAACAGAAGAAUAGGACCUGAUUUCCCUCAAUAUGAUUUAAAGUCAGGAAACCAAAAUAUAAGUUGACCUUUUGAGUUUCCCCGUGUGGGUCGGCCUUCCUGUACUGUUGCACACCAUGUCAAAAUAAGAGUUUGUCAUAUUUUACUUGUUUGAUGGUAUCUAGACAAAUGCAGGCUAAGAUAGAUGUUUUUUUUUUAAAUAUUUAAAUUCUGUAAAUUCAGUGGUGUUUAAAUUUCAACAUUAAGUAUUCAUUAGUGAUUACUUUUCACAAUUAUGUAUUAAUUUGCUUAUAUGAUUCAAAUCCUCACAGCCUUUCUUUGCUUGGCUGCUGCAAAUGGAGCAAUGUACAACUUUACAGGUAUUUUGGGCGUAAGAAGUACCAGAUAAAGCCAUAUCUGUGGGUGAUUUUUUUUUGUAUGAAGUAACCUGCAUGGAGCAUCUUGUCACAUUUAACUGAAUAAGCAAAUUGUAAUUUGGAGGUCAAAGCUAGAAGAAGAAGACUAGAAGAGAGAACAGAUCGGGGCCUGAAUUAAAUAAUCUACCACGAAUGAAUUUGUUUAUUCUAAAUCUAUUUUAAAAACGAUCCUUUUAAAUUGGAAUAUGAAAAUCUCACACAGCAAUGAAAAGAGCUAUGAUAGCUCUUGAGCAUGUUAUAAGUGAAAGAUCAUUAGUAAUAAUCCAAGCCAAGAGGGAGGAAAAUAAGAUGUUGCAGAACAUAAGAAAUACAAGUGGCUAAUUCAAGACCCUGAUAUUCCCUUACAAUAUUAAUGCUUUUAAAUGAGGUGCAUGCAUAUUAAAUGGUGGUGUCUGUUGGUUUUAGCUAUGAGGUUAUUAGUUGUUAAGUUUAGCUAAUAAAGCUGACUUAAUACUUCUACUUCUCACAUAUUUGUUUGUCUCAUGUGUAGCACAUCUAGCUUUUUACUUUUGAAAACUUUGAAGGGUGAGUUUCCCGGCUACUUUUUUACUACUAUUUUUCUCUAAUAACAUCAGUGGUAGAUCCAAACCUUAUACCACUACAACAAAGUGAAAAAACUAUUACAAGUAAAAGUCUUGCAUUUGAAACCCAACUUACCCAAAAGUAAAGAAGUACUGUCAGCAAAAUAUACUUAAAAGUAUCAAAAGUAAAACCUGUUCUGCCAAAAAACGGACCUGUGAGUGUUACACUUGAAUAUAUGAUCGUCAAGGGCAGAGAGUUAAAGAUUGAUACCACGCUCAUGUUUGUAUGGUAAAUAUGAAGCUGUCAGUCAGCAGAAGGUUAGCUUAGCUUAGCACAAAGACUGAAAACAGGGACAAACUGCUAGCCUGGCUUUGUCUAACGGUAGCUAAAUCUGCAUACCAGCAGCAGCUAAAUGUCACUAAUUAACUUGUUAUAUCUUGUUUGUUUAAUCUGCACAAAAACUGAAGAAUAAAAAAAAAUUGCAGUUUUACAGGA